UCGCUACAAAUAUGGCGUUCCCAUCUCGAAACCAAUAUAUGUCCUCGGCCGGCAUGGUCAAUGCGUCUGAUCAGCCAGGUACCAUCGAUCUCAAACUUUGUCGAGUAUCGUGCACGGCCAUCAUGAUAUCACUCUACACAUGAUCGCCGUACUUAAGACAGGCACAAUACGUCGAACGGUCCCGAUUAAGGUGUCCUUCAAUGCGAAGAAGAAGACUUUUGGAAACAAGACAAUAGUCCACCAAGGAUUACAUGUCAGCAAUGCAUCGACUCAGCUCCUUUGCGCGGAGCCUCAGCGUUGGCGGUAGCAGCACCAACGUCAGUCGGCCAGCGACGCCAGAAAUCGACCACGCCAGCGGCAAUAGCCACACCUGGAAAGGAACUGAAAUCUCCUCCUCUGUCAACGGCGAUGGUGGACAGGAAAUACCUGAGAACAAAACAAUAUUCCAAUCCUUCGAAUGGUAUCUCCCUGGCACAACGGAGCACCAGUCACACCAUUCAGACUCAAAACAUCCAGGCCACUCCCAGCAUCCAAUUUACCAAGGCGGAUCUCCUCUGUUCGGAGAUUCACCCCUCGCAGGCCUUGCAGGCCAUCCAUCACAUCCAGACUCUGACGCAGACUCGACGAGGAGCCACUAUACCCUCCUGACAUCCCUUCUCCCACAGCUCUCAACCCUAGGCAUAUCCCACAUCUGGCUCCCUCCCGGCACAAAAGCCACCAACCCGGAGGACGUAGGCUACGCGACCUACGAUCUCUGGGAUCUAGGCGAAUUCGACGCCAAAGGGACCGGUCACAAAAACACAAAAUGGGGCAGCAAGUCCGACCUCGAACGAUUCUGCACCGAAGCAAAGCGUCACGACGUACAAGUCCUCUGGGACGCGGUAUUGAAUCACAAGGCCGGCGCUGAUGGGAACGAAAAUGCUCGUGCGGUAAAAGUUGACCCUAAGGACCGAACAAAGACACUCACGAAACCGUAUGAAAUUGAGAGCUGGACGAAAUUCACGUUCCCCGCUCGAGGAAAAACGUACUCAGAUAUGAAAUGGGAUGCGAAGCAUUUUACGGGCGUCGACUACGACUCUCGGGCCAACGACCAUGGGAUCUUUAAGUUCGUGGGCGACAGGCAUGUGCAUGGGAGACGAAGAGAUUGGGCGAGUGAUGUGAGUAAAGAAUUGGGUAAUUAUGAUUACUUGAUGUUCGCCGACAUCGACCACUCCCAUCCAGCAGUCCGAGCCGACCUGUUCAACUGGGGUCAAUGGAUAACGUCGCACCUGAAUCUAGGUGGUAUGCGUCUGGAUGCCAUCAAGCAUUAUUCACUCUCCUUUCUCGCGGACUUUCUGGCACAUCUUGACGCAACAUCCAACAAUAAGAAAUUCUUUUUCGUUGGGGAGUAUUGGGAUUCGGAUUCGGUGGUGCUGGAGAAGAUUCUACGAAAGUUUCAUGGGAGAUUGAAUCUUUUUGAUGUCCAGCUCGUGUACAAUUUCAGUGAUUUCAGCAAAGGUCGAAGAGAAGAUCUCAGGACGGUAUUUGACGGGUCGUUGGUCCAAAGAGACCCAGUGCAUGCAGUGGUAAGACUCCCAUGCUCUCGCAUCACAAGUGUUGCGUGCUAAUUGUUUCGGUAUGAAGACAUUCGUCGCAAACCACGACA